AUGCCUCUAAUGGGUGCAAUUCUUGCUGAUAAUUUCAUAGGGAGAUAUAAGUUAGUAGACUUGGUUUUCAAAUGAUGGAUUUAUUUUAUGAUUAGUGUGAAAUAUUGACAACCACCAGCGUCGGUUCAAAGAAAAUUGACGUCCUAGACAAACACUGGAGAGACCGAUAAAAAAACAGCAAAAUAAAAGACUUAAAUACUGUAACUUUGCUAAUGACAAAAUAAAUUCUUUAUGUGCUAUUAAUCUCGGAUAUUGGUACUUUUGCAUCUUACCUAAGUACUGCGAACAUCUGUCAGUGGCAGUCGCCUAGUUUGCCUAUAUAUAUGGACGGGCUGAUUCUGAAAUCCAUGAUUCAGUGACAACCCGUAGAAUAAUGUAUACUCGAGAUCGUCUCGUCUACACCCAAAUGUCACUUUUCCGGUACUACUAAUUUACGUUUAUUUCAGGGUUAUACUUUAUUUCUCUGAAAUAUAUUUAAUUGGAACCAUACUAAUGUGCUGUUCUGCUAUACCACCAUUUAUGUUGCCGCCGACGUAUGUAUAUAAGUAGUUUUCGUUAAAUAAGAGCAUAAUUCACCGUGUAGGUCCCGCAAUUCUGUAAAAAUCCAAACCUGAAUUCGAAUUCACUUUAAAAAGCGGCUCAACCUUUAAUUGGUAAUAAUGUUUAGUGGCAUAAGUAAAGUGAGUUACGAAAUGACAUAUGAAUGGAAUAUCUAAGACACAAUCGAUUUUGUUUUGUAUUUUUAUACAAAAAAUGGAAUCAAUGGAAUUUCUAAACUAAAUAACGUGAAUCCGGACACAUGAGUGAAUUCGAAUUCGGGUCUGGAUUUAUACAGAAUCGAAGGGCUGUGCUUAAAACAUCUUUUAAACUACACCACUGAUUUUAGAGCGGUUUUCAAUAAUGUACAGACAGGGGCGUCUCGCGGCUGCGGUUACAGAUGGCCCUGGAUGUAUAAAUUGUAGCUAAAGUCGAGAGCACAUGAAUCUUUUUACUUGAAGUACGAGCUUUACAUCUACGGCAAUUGUAAUAACACACAAGAGUCCAACUUUUAAACUUACAUGAGCUCUUGAUUGUACCAUAAAAAAACUUGUAAAUAAGUUAUUACAUUUAUAAGAAAAAUAGAAUAAAAAUAAUUUGAGAGUUUAAAUGUGCACCACUCCUCUUCUUCCGCUUUAACAAUAGCAUAGAGCAGAGCGUAGUUGAGUGUAGGAAUUGGUAAGUUCAUUUCAGUUUCGACUUAAGGAAAUGAUCUAUUAAGCAAGUGAAGUCAAACACUUAGGGCUUUUUAGAAUUUCUAGGGGAAGGCCCUCAUGCUCCUUGGCGACGCCCUUGGAACAGUCAUUCAAGAGGAAAGUUUAAUUAUGUAUAUUUAAUACAGGACCACGCAUGCGAAGCCGAUUGCGGAGAGCUAGUACAUACUAAUUGCAUCGUUACCUAUUAUUUAUAUUUAAAAUAAAUUUCUUAACGUAAAGUAUGGACGUUUCUCUUAAUUAAAUUUCACUACAUAACCAGUGGUCGGAAUUAGGUAGAGUUAUUCAUGUACUUACACUGAUUUCAUACAGCGAAACAAUAAAGUGGAUAUGCCUCAAAUCCCGAGAUUAAUUUUAAAGAGCAGAAAAAAUCCCGUGAUUUUUUAAAUAAAAAGUUAUUUACUUUUACACAUUUAAACUACUGCACGCACGACGUUGCCAAACUUACAUCAAUGAAAGAAAGAAAUAAAGAAAGAAGAAAUAACGAAAUCCCGGGAAGGUCCACAUUAAUAUCAACAUUUCGAUGCAAGUACAUAAAUAACUCUACCUAAUUCCGACCUCUGUACAUAACAGAACUACUUCUAUGAUCGGGCUUGCAUUGAUCGCUACUGGGACAGGAGGAAUUAAACCUUGUGUUGCGGCUUUCGGAGGAGACCAGUUCCGACUCCCUGAAGAAAAUCAGCGACUGCAGAAAUUCUUCUCGACGUUCUACUGCAUGGUCAACUUGGGCGGAUUCAUGGGUAUGAUCGUGACUCCGGCCUUGCGCAGGAGCAUUAUGUGCUUCGGUGAUGACGCGUGUUACGCGCUUGGAUUUGGCUUCCCGGCGUUACUUGUCCUAGUUUCUAUAGUGAUUUUCGUAGCGGGGAAACCUUGGUACCGUAUAAAGAAACCUCGAGACAACGCCACAUUGAAAUUCGUGUCGUGUGCUUGGUAUGCUCUGAAGAAGCGCAUUCGUCACAAUGUCGACACUGAUGGACCCCCACACGAGCAUUGGCUCGAUUUCGCCGCUGAGAAAUACGGUGAGAAGCUGGUGGCCGACAUGAAGGUUGUCUUCUCCAUUCUCUAUUUGUACCUGCCGGUGCCGAUCUUCUGGUCGCUGUUCGAUCAACAGGGUUCCCGUUGGACAUUUCAAGCGUCUAGAUUACGAAGUGAGGUGUUUGGUGUAACACUUAUGCCGGAUCAAUUGCAAGUGAUGAACCCCGCAAUGGUGCUGAUAAUGAUCCCUGUUUGCCCUGGGGGCGUGUGGCCAUUACUGCCGGAGUUGCCGCCGUUGCAAAAGAUGUUUGUUGGUGGCAUGCUGGCAGCGAUGGCAUUUAUUUCUGCGGGAAUAUUGCAAAUUGGCAUCGAAAGCGGGCUGGUGUUGUUGAACACUCUGGACUGUCCCGUGGAUGUAUCAGUACGUGGUGAGGGCAUUGCCCCUGUUGAACAACGCGGCACCGCCCUUAUGACUCCACUGCCACAUCGCGUGUUGACAAUCACCGUGUCCUGUCCUGUUAAUUGCGCUGGAAGGGUCAUGAAGAGACACGUGUUGACUGACAUCUAUUACGUGUCGGAUGCUCCUAUUGACCACAUCGGCGAGUCAGCGUACAUAUGCAUGCAGCCUGGCAAGUUCAAAUGGCACGCUCAGAGCGCUAGUGGCGAUGUGUCAGGAUCAGGGGAGGGUUGCCUCAGGGCAGGCGGAGUUUACGUUCUGUGCCUGCGCGAACGACUCGGACGGCUGGAUGCAGCUGUGCUGCACGCUCCAAACCCUCCGAACGAGCUACAUCUUGCUUGGAUCGUGCCGCAGUACUUACUCGUCUCCGUUGCCGAAAUUAUGUUCGCUGUCUCUGGUCUGGAAUUUUCUUUUACACAGGCACCUAAAAGUAUGAAGACAAUUACCAUAGCCGCUUGGUAUGUGUCAGUGGCAUUUGGAAAUCUAAUUGUAAUAUUAGUGGCUCAAACGAAGAUAUUUGAAUCAAGGGCAACAGAAUUCUUUGUGUACGCUGUGGUGUUGACGUUUGCGAUGUUGUUAUUCCUGCAUAUGGCCCAAGGAUAUGAAACAAGGAGUAUAGAGGGAGACGCGUCGUCCUCGGAGAGUCGACCUCUUUUACAUCAUCGAUCAAAGGUGAUAUCAGUCCAUUCUUUAUCGACGUCGAGUACGCGGGCUUACACCAGUCGAUCUAGUGCAGCCUCAUGCCUUGGUCUCAUGGAGCGCACAAGGCCGGCGGUGUGGCCCACACGUGCUUUCGUACACGUCGCAACGCCUAGUACCAGCGAACCAAGAGCAACAACUCUGGCCAAAUAG